UCUCCCUCUCCCUCCUCCUCCUCGAGAUGUCAAACUCCAUUUAAUAUCUCUUUCCUCUACCACGAAAGGACCAAAGCAAAAGAAGCUUUCCCGUUUCAUCCAGCCAGGCUCGGACCAAGUUUCCUUUCAUUCGUAGCGAUUUCGCUUCGCUAUGAGUUUCGCUCAGAUCCGUCACAGUGCCUGUCCCCGCAUCCCCCAACACCCACGUUCCCCACCUCUCCAAAGUCCAAACCCCUCAAAUCACUUUCACUUCUCCUUCUUCACAUGUUCUUCUCCUCGUCUGUGACGGCGUCGAUCUCUCCGAAGCGACGAUGACGGAGCAGCGCCUCUUUCUCCUCCUCCUCUUCUUCUUCUUCUUCUUCGCCGUUCGGGCUCAGUCGCAGGCCCUGAUCCUGCCCCUCCAGGCCCAGGAAGUCCCGUCCGGGUCCGUCCCCAGGCCCCCCAACAAGCUCGCCUUCCGCCACAACAUCAGCCUCACCGUCUCCCUCACCGUGGACCCGCCCCAGAACGUCUCCAUGGUCAUCGACACCGGCAGCGAGCUCUCCUGGCUCCACUGCAACCGCACCCCCGACUUCCCGCUCUCCUUCGACCCGACCCGCUCCGCCUCCUACGCCCCCAUCCCCUGCUCCUCCCCGACCUGCACCGCCCGCACCCGCGACUUCCCCAUCCCCGCCUCCUGCGACGCCGGCAACCUCUGCCACGCCACGCUCUCCUACGCCGACGCCUCCUCCAGCGAGGGCAACCUGGCCGCCGACACGUUCUACGUCGGGUCGGGCCGGAUCCCGGGCAUGGUGUUUGGGUGCAUGGGCUCCGCCUCCAGCUCCAACCCGGAGGAGGACGCCCGCAACACCGGGCUCAUGGGCAUGAACCUCGGGUCGCUCUCCUUCGUCUCCCAGAUGGGCUUCCCCAAGUUCUCCUACUGCAUCUCCGGGUCGGACUUCUCGGGCAUCCUGCUGCUCGGCGACGGCGGCGGCGACGCCAACCUCUCGUCCUGGCUCGCGCCCCUGAACUACACCCCGAUGGUCCGGUUGUCGACCCGGCUGCCCUACUUCGACAGGGCGGCGUACACGGUCCAUCUCGAGGGGAUCCGGGUGUCGGACGUGAUGCUCCCGCUGCCCGCGUCCGCCUUCCUGCCCGAUCACACGGGGGCGGGUCAGACCAUGGUCGACUCGGGCACCCAGUUCACCUUCCUUCUCGGGCCGGUUUAUGACGCCUUGAGAUCCGAGUUUCUAAAGCAAACUGGAGGCGUCUUGCAGCAAUUGAAUGAUCCGAAUUUCGUGUUCCAGGGAGCUAUGGAUCUCUGUUACCGGGUCCCGCUGAGUCGGCGGGACUUGCCGUCCUUGCCGUCGGUGAGCCUGGUGUUCCGGGGUGCGGAGAUGACCAUACCGGGCGACCGGGCGCUGUACCGCGUCCCGGGCCAAGUGAGGGGGAGCGACGCGGUGCAUUGCCUGACCUUCGGGAAUGCCGACUUGCUGGGGGUGGAGGCAUUCGUGAUCGGCCACCACCAUCAGCAGAACGUGUGGAUGGAGUUCGAUCUCCAGAAAUCCAGGAUCGGUCUCGCGCACGUACGGUGCGAUCUGGUCGGUCAGAGACUCGGUCUCGGCCUGCAGGGUAAACUUCGACGCGGCUGAUCGGAGCCAACAACGACACUCUCGGUAAAUCUAUGUGUACAUGCAAAGUUUCAUGUAAGUUUUGUAGAAGUAUUAUCUAUUAGGCUUGCUGUAACUCCCGACUAAAGCUUUCGUUUACUUCUUACUCUUUUACCAUUCUAUACAUGUACCAAAUAGACAUCGACUGAAUUUAGAUGCGAAAAGGGAGAGUUUAGACA